ACAUUUUUUUACUCCCUUGCCAGAUCAUCCUGAUCUGGAAAAUGGUGUGCCCUAUGGUCGUGGUUUUGACUGUACUCUUUGUAGUUUCUUUAAAUAGUGUAGUCAAUUGUGUCAAACCUGGUUUGUUAUUCUCUUUUUGUAAACGACUUUGCAGUAACAAGAAGACAUGCUACAAUAAAAAGAAUAUUACAACUAUAAUUACACAAACUUGAAGAGUGGGGUUGUCAAACAUGGUUUUCUUUUUCAACCUAAAAGCAAAAUGCAUUCUAUUGUCUAGACUGACUAAUAUUGCCGAACAUUCCCUUAGGCUGCAAUGUAAUAAGUGGUCUCCAACACAAUCAAAUCAUCUAUAUUCAUGUUUAUUUAAAAUACCAAAACCAUAAUGUUGAACCGAAUUACGUUAUAGGUAUUUGAAAUUACAGUAUACAUCAGCUGUUUUUGUAUCUCAAAAGUAAUCAUUAAUGAUGAAUAGAAACUAUCUACGAUGAUGUGUGGAUUUAUAAAAGUUAGGAUCAUCUAUAAUGAUGGAAGAACAGAUGACUGUAAGGCGGAGAGGACUUGUAAAGAAGCAUGUUGGAGUGGAUUACGAAGUUUGGAAGUGGAAAGAGAACUUAGAGCAGUCGAGAAGAGGAGCUAAACGUGUUACCAAGAAAGAAGUUAAGGAAUUUGCUCUGGAAGCUUACAAAAUGGCAGGAGUAAAUAAUUUCAAGGCAAGUGACGGGUGGUAUCGACGUUGGAGGGUGAGAUGGCAACUUCCAAAUAUUGUUAAAUCAAUGGGUAAAAGUGCCGAUGAAGAUGUGAGCCAGAAUAUUUACAGAUCCCAAGUGCUGACUGAAAGCAAUUUUGAUACAAAUGACAAAGAAUUGCUACACAUGGAAAAAGAAAUAGAUGUUCAAGAAGGUCCUUUGCUUACUGAUGGAGAAGAUGGUGAUAAUGUGAAUUCUGCAAAGAAAUUAAAAAUUCAGACAGGAAACUGUCAACUAUCAUUUUAUAAUAGUGACAUAUUUGACUUAGCAAACUCAGAAGAACUCAUUAAAACAGAUAGAAAUAUAGAUACUAACCUAGCUCAGAAUAAAACCGAAUUGUCUAUCUCUAAAUCAAACUUUUCCACUGGUAACAUUAACAUUUCCUUUGUUGAGAAUAAGGGACAAGAAUCGCCAAAACAGAAUACUGAUAAUAGUUCUGUGGGAAUUAACCCUAAGGACAAAAAUAAUGUAAUUUCAUCACAUUCCACUUCUUUACAUGUUAAUUCUGCUACUAGAGAUAUAGGUAAACGUGACUGCAAUGUAACGAAGAAGGAUAUACUCAACACCAGUUAUUCCAUAUAUAAAAAGCCAAUUGUACAUCAUCAUGAAAAAGUCUUGAGCACAUCAGACGUAGUUGAGCCACAGUUUCAAACGACAACAUCUAAUGAAAAUAACGAAAACUCUGUGAAAGGAUUGUCAAGCAACUCAAACAGUGCAAAAAUAGAUGAACUGACAAUUGAUAAAAAAGGACAAGAUUUUUUGUGGACAUUCAUUGAGGGGAGCUCACAAUCUAAUAAUGGAACUGCACUCUCUUCCUCAGGUAAAAAAAGUGAUGCGUGUUAUGAUACAUCUUCACUGUAUGAUCAGAGUGGAUUGACCUUUGAAGACCAUGAUCUGUUUUGUGACUCCUGUGAAGACUUCCAUCCCCGUACCCAAGCCAUGCAGCAGAGUUGCCAGAAACAUAAGAAAGUUGUUAAAGAAAAUUCACUGUUAAGUAGUGUUUUAGAUAAAAAGAAUUCAAGCACGGUUAAAAAUUCUUUGUUUAACAAAAAACAAAGUAUUAAACAUGAUAACAAAUUGAUUGAUGAAGAUAUUGGACCGAAGACUCAGAGUGUUAUACUAUCAAAGGGUAAACGAUACUUGGUCCAGUUUAAGACCAAAGUUGUAAAUUAUGCUUUAAAUCACAAUGUAAAAGAUGCUGCAAGCAAAUAUACUGUCAAUCGAGGUACUGUGUCUGAAUGGCUGGCUGAACACAAGAGGUUGUCUGGAGAGGACUCACCAAAUUUGCAUUUAAAUAAGAAUAUGUUAAUAAGUGAUGACCACGAAUUUUUAAAAUGGCUGGAAGAUUCAAAGUUUAAUCUAACAAAUGAACGUAUCAGGCAGAAAACUACGGAAUGGUUGCAACAGAAUGAAAACAAUACCAAGUGUCAAUGGCUUCGGAUGUAUGCACACAGAUUGAAUGGUACAGAAGAUACUUCUAUUAAGAAACGCUACAUUGCGUACCCUGAUGUUUUUAAACGGAUAGCUGUGUUCCAUGCCCAGACUCACUCUGUCAUGGCUGCUGCUCGAGUGUUCUGUGUGGCCAGGCGGCGGAUAUUGGAGUGGACACAGGUAUCAGGAAAAACAAGAGAGAAAGAAUCAACCGUUUCAAAUAAUGUAACAAAUGAAUUUGUAGAUAAACAGAUAUUUGAAUGGUAUAACUCUCAAGAAAUUGUUCCAUCUAGUAAACAGGUGCGUUGUAAAGCAGUAGAGCUGUACCGAGCGGCAGGACAUGAAAGGAUCCAGUGUGGGUCCCAGUGGUACUACCGGUGGCGAGCUAGGCACAAGUUACCUUCCCUUCGCAGUCAGUUAUACAGUGACACUCGACUUGUCACGUGGGUCUUGUCACAGUUGGAUCAUAACCAGACGGUCACUCAUGGUGCACUUGCAGCGCAAGCUGCUGCCUUGGGUCAUUCCAGUGUAUCAAGGGGAUGGACGUUCAGGUUCUGUAAGAAGCACCACAGACUGCUGGUAGCUCUACCGGAGCCUACAACUCCACUCCCUUCAGCAAUGGAAGUGCAGGUUUUGGAAUAUAGAGAAAACAUACAAAAUAUAGUCAAGAAUUUCAACUAUAGAGAUUUGAACAUCAUUGCGAUGGAUGAGAUACCACUACAUUUUCUUCCAAAAGAUCAGGGCAAGAAACCACUGUUGGUACGUAGGCCAGGGUUUGAGUCGUGUCAAGCUUCUCUGGUUGUCUCCUGUACAUCAGAUGGCACACUGCUACCCUCGGUGUUUGUGUUUAAAGGAGGAGUUCCAACCUGCAAGGACGAUCCUCGUGUGAUCUCAGCAGCGAGUGAAACUGGAAUGAUUUCUGAGGACAUUAUGUUGUUGUGGCUGACCAAAGUCUGCUUGAAACAAUUGCAAGGAGAUGGAGGUGUGUUAAUUACUGAUUGCUUCAAAGUCCACACCACCCAACAAAUCCAACAAGCUCUUAAGGAGAGCAAGAUUCAGCAAGCCGUUAUACCAGAGGGCUGCGCUUUCAAACUAUUGCCUGUCAUUAGAAUCUGUUUAUUGUUCAAGAGUAUGCUGGAGGAGAUGUGUCAGGUGUCCUUAGCAAACCAGAUGACAGGUCUCAAGACACCCUCCCCUGAUCAACUCUAUCAUUGGUCUGUCCGAGUACAUAAAAACUUGGCCAAGCACCAAAAAGAAAACAUACACGCUGCAUUUAAGGAGAUGCUGUUUCCAUAGAGUAGUUAACCAUAUACUUGACAAAACCAUAUGUGAUCUAAAUUAUAUAUAAAUCGUCUCCAAAUGUCACCUGUUUGGAUGCAAGUGAAAUGUUAAGAGAAAGAUUCCAGAACAUGCCUUAUAAUCAUGACACACAAAUAAUUCAUUCCUAAGAGUAUUUUAGUUUAGUAGUUUUCUCAGGUAGUUUUUACAUAGUUACAAUUUUUUUUUUAAUUUUAGAUCACUGAUAGUUGUUUUUAGAUUGUCUUUUAUCUUUGACAAUAAUAUAUUUUGAAUGUAUUUUAAUUUGAUGGAAUAUUGCCUAACCAUUUAUUUUGGUUAUUUCCAAUAUCAGAACUACUUAUUUAUAGUUAUAUUAAAUAUAUAAAAAUAUUGAGCAUGAAUGCUUGUAGAAAGAAUUGUCUGUUUUUUAGAUCUUGUAAAAUAUUUUAAUACCAAACUCAAGUUUUCAUUUUGAAAGAUUAUUUUUAUUUGAUAAAAAGUAUAUUAAUAAAGAUACAAAAAGUAAUAAAAAAGUCAGGAUUAUUUAUGUUUUGCACCAGUUAAGUGCUGAGGAAUAGCAUUGUUGAUAUAUCUGAUUUUACUGACCAUCCUGAAUUUGGUAGGUAAAUAAAAAAAUGUGUUUUUGUCAGGUUUUGUGUGAAAUUAAGCAAAACUGCAUAUGUUUUAAGAGAUUUUGUAAAUAAAUGUCCCAAGUCAAUCACGAUGUCACGAGUGGUAUAAGAUUCAAUAAAAGAUGGAAAUCAUAUAAAGACAAGCCUCAUUCUGAAAGCUCUUCAGCCGAUGACAAAUAUGUUACUAUCUGAGGAAAUACUUUAAUGUGAUAAAAUCACAUUAAAUUUAUAUUUAUGAAGAUUUAUAUUUAUGAAGUGAAAAAGAUGUGCAACAUUGGCCUUAAGCCAAGAAUGUUUUAUUGAAAAACUAUGUUAAAAAAUCUUGCUUACAAAGGAUAAGUACAGAUGUUUAAAGUGGCAUCAAAGUUUGUUACAAUACUGUUGACUAAAAACUUCUUGAAACGGUAAAUAUCAAUGGAAACUUUUUGAAAAGUGUCAUUAAUGAGGAUGAGAUGUGGGUUUAUGGGUAAAAUGUGGAAACUAAGGUCUAAUCAUUACAAUGGAGAGAAUAAUUUUUUCUAUAUUGAAACCAUUAGACGUUAGCAUGAGAUCCGUUAGGAAGGGACUUGAGCUCUGGCAAAGUUAGGAAUGGGUGCUGUAUCAUGGAAAGCACUUAUGCAUUUUACGUGUUCAGUCACAAUUACUGGACAGCAUUUGCAGGGAGAGAGUUCAAAGGGUCUUUCUAACAGUAGAAAUGGUGAUGGAAAAUUCUUAAAAGGAACAAAGUCCAAUAACUUUUUUUGUAAUUAAAUUGGUUUUAAGUUAGUUCUGGAAUUUUUCGAUCACUCUUGACAUUUAGAUUUAUUAUUAAGUACUAGUACAAUCACUAAGCAAUGUGAGGUUUUUACUUUUAGGUUUGUUUUUAACUUCUGUUUUAUUCAAAAAUAAAUAACUGUAGUGAACAUAAUGUAGAGUAUUGUUACUUUGUUACUAACCCACUUGUAUUUUAUAACUUUUCUGGUUUUUUGUUCUUGUAACAAAUUUUAUUCAGAUUUAUGUGUUGACUAUGAGAAAUAUUACAACAGUUACAGAAUUCAUUUACAAUUGUGUAAAACUCUGGUUUGUUUCAAUUUAUUCACAUUCUGCGAAGAAGGCUGACUAAGGUACUUUGAUCAUUUAAAUUUAUACAUGCAACUAUAGUAAAAUGUAUUAAUUGGUACAAUAAUUGUUGUAGACUUUUAGAAAUCCUUUAUAUCAGAUGUGUAUUGUAUCAUUCUCAAGAGAUAUUUUAUAAGUCAUGUCCUACCAGAUAAUUGGGUUUAAUUUGGUAAGAUCUGCUGUAUAGAUCACACGUAACACACAAAUAAUGGUUAUGUCAGCGUCGACUACGAGAAAAAAUCAUCAAUUUCAAUCAGUCAGUUUUUAUAGGAUUAGCGGAUUUGAUUUAAUUUAACCGUCUUUAAUUGUUGGUUUUCAAGCUAAAUAAAAAUGUGAUCUGAAGAGGAAAAAUAUUGUUUAAUAUUUUGUAACCUUUUUUAUACUCUCCCAUUUUGAUCUCCACCAAACUAUUUCAGUUAAUGAAUUUCUUUAGGGAAAGUUACUCAGUUUCACAAAAGACUAGGUUGUGAGCUUGAAUACGAGUAGAAUGAUAAUUGGAUCUUGGCUGCUAGGCUGAAACAGUCGAUGGCAAGGGCCAAUAAACCGACCCAAAAAAGACUCAAACUUAGAUAUAAGUAGAGAGUCCAAACAAAGGUACAAAAUUGCUGACAGUAAGCCGUUUUCAAUCUUCAUAUGACUCUGAGAAUGUUAUUUUUUCAAAGCCAAUCUAAUUAAUUAAAUUUUACAACACUGAUGCAUGUUAAUCUUAUUCCCACUCACUAUAACCUAAGUUUAUUAGGUUCAUAACUCGAAAGAUUUAUAUACCAGGUUUUAAAUAAUACAGCUUUUACAACAUGCAUACUUCUUAAAUCAAGAAAAAUUGUCAAGUUUUAGAGGAAACCUCUACUUAAAUCCAAAUUUAUCUUUGAUUUUUUAUAGUGCAAAUAUUGAGUUUUUACAAUUCUACCAGGAUAUUAACUGUUGUAUCCCCAGUAGUAGCAAAAAUCAGCUGUUCAUUGCAUUGUACUUUUAAAUUUAAUAAUUUUACAAACACUACAUUGUUUAUUCUUGAUAUUGUUGAAGUUUAGCCAGUUUAUUGUUAUAAUACAAGCCAUAUCAUUACAAGCCUGGCCGUUUUAGUUUAUUAUUUAUUAAUGAAGUAAAGAAAUCUCAAUUAAUAAUUUUAAUACUAUUGUUAUUGCAAAAAGUCAUCUAUACUCAUGUGAAGUUUAAACAAUAUAUCCUAGUUGUAUUAAACAACAGUUUAUUUGCUACAACCUAGGCUUGCAAUAAUUAUGUCUUAUACUAUACUUACGUUUAUGAUUUCUUGCAUGGAAUGCUGCACAAAAUAAAAUGAAUAAUAAUCAUAGUACUUAUUUAAUGAUGUAGUUUCAUGAAUAGUGUUCAAAGCUCGUAAAAUGGUUUCCUUCCAGUGUUUGUGUAACAACUCGCACUAGAAAAAACCCCAUUUUCCCCCACUGAUUGUGAAAUAUACAUUAUAAUAUAAAAUUUAAUUUUAAUGUAACAAUCAAGAAGUUUUCAUCAAAUUUAACGUAAUAAUUUUUUGACUGUCCAUUAUUUGUUUAGGUAGUAUUUUUUGAAAUGUUGUACUGUAUGUUAGAUAUUCAAUACUGUAUUAGCAACAUGUUAUAUUCAAUAUUGUACGUAUGUAGAAUGAGGCAUAGAUUUAAUAAAGUGGAUCAUGGACUCAUAAAGGAUGUAAUCAUU